AUAGUUAUUUACAUUCGUGUGCGGUAACUUACAUUUUACAGUGCGAAAUGAAUUUGAAGCACGACGCGCAGCGGAGUGCUUUAAUAAUUGAGCAMUGUAAAAUGGUUAACGCACAAGAUUUGUAUUAAGCUUUUUGGCCGACGUUUAAACAAAAAUCCAAAUUACAAAAUUCAGAAUUAAUACAAAUAAAUACGUUUGACAAUAAAUAUCACGGUGGCUAUGCACUCUAAUGUCAAACAAUUAAAAAAGACGCAAAAACGUCUCAGACACAAAGUUUUGUUAUCGUUGUCUUGUUGGUGAAUUUAUGCUUCAAAAUGUCGAGCGAUAAUAGCCCCAUGUGUACCCCACCAGAAAUCAGAAGUGCUGCAGAAAAUGUUACAACCGAGCUAUUGCCAGAAAAAUCGCGAGCAAGGCAUACCCCGUCGUCCCCUGGCAUGUCGUGCCGGGUCUACUCCUCGUCAUCCUCCGACUGGGACAUCAACGACAGUGCAAUCCCCCGCAUCAAUGAGUUUGACUCGUUCUCCGAAUGGGCCGAUGGCCACUGCCGGUUGGUGUACCGCGCCGACAACGAAGACGCCAAACGGCACUCCUCUGGGUGGGCCAUGAGGAACACCAACAACCACAACGUGCACAUCCUCAAGAAAAGCUGUCUAGGAGUCCUCGUCUGCUCGCUGCGCUGCACCCUCCCCAACGGCGAGCGGGUGCAUCUACGACCCGCCAUCUGCGACAAGGCCAGGAAGAAGCAACAAGGUAAGCCGUGUCCGAAUCGGCAGUGCACCGGGAGACUGGAGAUCCUACCCUGUCGAGGGCACUGCGGGUACCCAGUAACGCAUUUCUGGAGACACACCGACCAUGCGAUCUUUUUUCAAGCGAAGGGAGUGCAUGAUCAUCCCAGACCGGAAGCUAAAAGCACGUCUGAAGCGAGGAGGAGUCUGGGGAGCGGAAGAAGGGUCAGAGGAUUGGCGGUUUUAUUGGCGAAAGAGGCAGCGCUCGGUAAUAAGCUGAUGUCGCUGAGAGAACCGAAACGUCAGUGUCGUGAUCUGACCUCAACGCGUACUCUCAACCCUCCUCCACUGAUUGCGGACCAAGACAAAGGUUAUUGUUCUUGUCCGCCUUUUGAGUGUAUUUGUAAUUAUCAGCCGGUACUUCCCACCACUUUGCAACAAUACAACCCUCAUUCACCAACAUAUCAACAGCCGCAGAUUCUAGACUCGUACUGGACGCAGGAACCGGCACAAGCGCAAUCUUAUCCUGCUGAAGUCACUCUCAAUCAGCAGUACGAUUUUACAAACAUUYCUGCUGAUUUGUUCCAACCGGAAGAAAUCUUCCAGUUGGAUCAACCAAUCAAACCCGAUUUUGUGGCCAACUCUCAGAGUGACCUUAACAGGUCGCCUUCGACUCUUCUGGAUUUAGGAAGUGGUACCAUACAUCGAGAAUUUAAAUCUGAAGAGUACUGGAACCAAAAUAUCGGUACCAUGAUCAACGAUGACAGCAACAACAGUGGCAGCAGUCGAUUCAAUCUAAGUCAAUCCCCUGAUAACACUCUAAGUCUUAACAACAACCUAGUUCCUUCAUUAAACCAAAACAACUUCGUAGAAAGUGCAAAAAUAGACGAAUUAUCAUAUAGUGUACAAAAAACUACGAAUUACUACCAGCAAACGAUGCUCGACAGUGAAUACAAAACGCAAAAUUUCGAAAUCAUCACCGAUAAUAAAGUCUACUUUGACGAAAGUAUGCAACAUUUUGAAACAUUUCCAAAUUCGAAAACGUACAAGUCGAAUUACCAGGAGAAAUACAUCGAUUUGGGUCAAUACGCGGACUAUAAUAAUUUUUUGUCAGCUUAUGAUAAUAGUAAAAUCAAUGACAGUGCCAUGUUUGGUGACCUCGAUUUCCGAAUUAAUAACUGUGUACCAGGUGCGAGUAAUUCACAUUACAGUCACGAAAAUUUCGAUCUAAUUACACAUCAUCAAUAACUAGUUAGGCAGUCUUUUCACGUUUUUGAGUGCCUUGUACACUUAUGCUUUCAAUGAUCUUCAUUAUGUUUGAGUAUUAUUGUUGUACACAUUGUAUAUACUAUGUAUAAAUAAACAAAUAGAUUUGUGAUACAAUUUUCGAAAUAAWUUCACACCCGUUCUUUCCU